UCACAGGUUUCUCAGGAGGGAGGAUAGCAUGUGACAGCACACAGAAGCCAAGAGUGCUGGAGAAGUUCAGAAGCCUGCAUGAGUUAGCUUAGCUUUCCAAAAUAUUUUCUGAAAGCACUUUUUAAGGGACCACUGACCUCUGCAACAGACAGCACCAUGGUGGAACAAGAGAUGCUGCUGUCGUGUGCUUAUCCUCCAGAAAAGUGUUAUUCAGCAAUAGUUAUGAACUCCCGUUUACGAGCCUUAGGUGGGAGGAUAAAUAACAUACGAGCAUCAGAGCUACCAAAAGAGAAAACCCGAUCAGAAAUAAUCUGUAACGUCCACUUUUUGGAUGGCUCAGUACAAAGCUUCAAAAUCAACAAACAAGACACUGGACAGAUUUUGUUGGAUAUGACCUAUAACCAGUUGGGUGUCACGGAAAAGGAAUAUUUUGGUUUACAGCAAAAUGAAACUUCAGUGGAUUCACCAUUUUUCAUUUCACAGCGAUGGCUUGAACCAAGCAAACCUAUUAGGAAACAGUUAAAAGGAGGUUUUCCCUGCACCCUUCAUUUUCGUGUAAGGUUUUUUAUACCUGAUCCUAACACACUUCAGCAAGAACAAACCAGGCAUUUAUUCUUUCUGCAGUUGAAGACCGAUAUUGCAGAAGGAAGGUUGUCAUGCCCCAUUAAUUCUGCUGUUGUCCUGGCAUCAUAUGCAGUACAAUCACAACUUGGAGACUAUAAUGCUUCAGURCAUUGUUCAGGAUAUCUGUCAAAUUACAACUUUAUACCGGAACAGAACAAAGAUUUUCUUAGCAAAGUAGAAAUGCUACAUGAGCAACACAGUGGYCUCAAGCAAUCUGAAGCAGAGUCCUGCUAUAUAAAUAUAGCACGAACACUKGAAUUCUAUGGAGUGGAAUUGCACAGUGGUAGAGAUCUCCAUAAUCUAGAUCUUAUGAUUGGGAUUGCAUCCRGUGGAAUUGCUGUAUAUAGAAAACUCAUCUGUACAAGCUUCUAUCCCUGGGUGAACAUAUUAAAAAUUUCCUUUAAAAGGAAAAAGUUUUUUAUACAACAACGGCAAAAACAUAAUGAAUCCAGAGAGCAUAUUGUUGCCUUCAACAUGUUAAAUUACAGAGCAUGCAAAAAUCUUUGGAAAUCUUGUGUAGAGCAUCACACAUUUUUUCAGGCAAAGAAGUCACUACCUCAUGAAAAAAAGAUAUUAUCACAUUAUUGGACUCUGGGUUCUAGAAAUCCAGCAAAGUCUGUAAACAACCAGUACUGCAGAAAAGUGAUAGGUGGGAUGGUUUGGAACCCAUCAUUGAGACGAUCCUUAUCCGUUGAGCACCUUGAGACCAAAAGCCUUCCUUCUCGAUCACCUCCUGUUACCCCCAAUUGGCGGAGUCCUAGACUGCGUCAUGAAAUCCGCAAACCACGACACUCAUCUGUAGAUAACCUUACAAAUGAGAUUAGUUAUAUUACUGAAACAGAGGAUGUUUUUUACACRUAUAAGGGCUCUCCAACAUCAAAGGACAGUGAUUCAGAGUUCUCUCAGAACCGUAGUCCACAGAGGAGGUCAUCAGAACAAGAAUCACCAAAGAAUGUAUUGGAAAACAGUCCUACACGGAGUUCUCUGACCCGUCUCUCACCUAAAGCCUUGGCUCAGUCUCCCAAUGGAGUUGGCAACAUUUCUGGCUCUUACCCGUUGGAAGGAGUGGAUAAACAGUUCUUAGAAACAUAUGACAACGCUACAAAAAGUAGCUCCAUGGAAGAUUCCAGUCAGUACUACUGYGAUAAGAAUGACCUAAUUGAAGGAGAUUUACUUUUGGUACGUAUCAUACCAGAUGAAGAAGGGAAGUUUGGAUUUAAUCUAAAGGGUGGAGUAGAUCAGAAAAUGCCUCUGGUGGUAUCAAGAAUAACUCCAGGAUCACCUGCUGAUAAAUGCAUUCCAAAGCUGAAUGAAGGCGAUCAGAUAGUAUUAAUUAAUGGCCGAGAUAUCUCAGAGCACACACAUGACCAGGUGGUCAUGUUCAUAAAAGCCAGCAGAGAAUCUCACACAAGAGAACUUGCACUUUUGGUCAGGAGGAAAGUAGUUCAACAGUUUGUGGAGCCYAAAUCAGAAGAUGAAGCUGAUUCCCACACUCUCCCAGAAUCUAUUCUUCCUGUCUGUUCGGAAUAUGGUGGUGACACACUGGAGGAGUCUAUGGAGCAGCUAAGAAGAGGACUGGAAAGUGGGACUGUCCUUAUUCAGUUUGAGCAACUUUAUAGAAAGAAACCAGGAUUGKCUGUUACAUGUGCAAAGGUACCUCAGAAUAUGGACAAGAAUAGAUACAAAGAUGUUCUACCUUAUGAUGCCACAAGGAUAAUAYUGCAAGGAGAUGAAGAUUACAUUAAUGCAAAUUAUGUGAAUAUGGAAAUUCCUUCUGCUGGCAUUGUGAACCGGUACAUUGCUACUCAGGGGCCUCUUCCACACACAUGUGCACACUUCUGGCAAGUAGUCUGGGAUCACAAAUUGUCACUGAUCAUCAUGUUAACAACUCUCACCGAACGAGGACGGACCAAAUGUCAYCAGUAUUGGCCUGAUCCACCAGAUGUAAUGGAAUAUGGCUGCUUCCGUGUCAGAUGCCACUCUGAAGACUGCACGAUUGCUUAUGUGGUCAGAGAAAUGGUCAUUACAAAUGUUGAGACAGAACAACAACACACCAUAACCCAUCUCCAGUAYGUAGCCUGGCCUGAUCAUGGCGUUCCUGAUGACUCCAUGGACUUCUUGGAGUUUGUGACCUUUAUGAGGCCAAAAMGAGUAAAGAAUGAGCCAGUUCUUGUUCACUGCAGCGCUGGAAUCGGUCGCACUGGCGUAUUGGUCACUAUGGAAACAGCCAUGUGUUUAAUUGAAAGGAACCAGCCUGUUUAUCCACUGGAUAUUGUACGGAAAAUGCGAGACCARCGAGCUAUGAUGGUGCAAACAUCAAGUCAAUACAAAUUUGUUUGUGAAGCUAUUCUUCGUGUUUACAAAGAAGGAUUGGUUCGACCACUGGAUUCCAGUUAGCACAGCAGUGAAGGAUGAAUUMUUUUUUCACCUACAAAAACUGCUCUUUAAGUAAAGCAAGGGCUCGUUUCUGAAAGCAACUAGAAUGGACUAGAAGCCCAUGGAAAGACAGAUGAGCACAUUUGAACUGUGGCACUUUAAAUUUCUCRAGAAGAUUGCUAAAUCAUGUACAGUAUAACGAAGUAACAUAGUUAAAUAUAUGACAGCAAUUGUGUGUAAUAUGCUUUAUUCACAUAGACCAUCAUAAACAAUCAUGGAAACCUUAACACAUAUCUUUUACUGCCUUAACACACCCUUUACUUUGGAAGCUACAAAGUUCCUUGUGUUUUCUUUGAAAUAGCAAAAAGAAAACUCCUAUUAUUGAACUUACUCAGCUUAAGAAGGUAUUUAAUAUAUUUAUAUUGUAUGAAAGUUCAUUGGAGGUGAAUAUCCGUAAAUUUCUUAUUGGGAUACUAAAUAUCCAUGGAAAUGUAACCUUGACUAAAAGGCUGAUGAAGAGCUUUAAAGGCUAAUGCAUAACUACUGUACACUGAGCUGGAGAAAUUUAGCAUUCAGUUUCCRUAAAUCUAUUAGUGAGUAUGCCAGCUGUUAUAAUAUGCUGCUUAGAAAUCACAUCUACUGUAUGUGAUGUGAAAAUAAUGCUGCAUUUAGGCAUUUAUGCAGAUGGUACAGUCUACAUCUUCUGUUGAUCCAUUUUAUUUGCAACUUGCCCUUUUGACAGUGACCUACUUCUUACAAUUUUAGUUAUUGCACCCCUUUUCUUUUGUUUCUGCUGUCCAUCUCCCUUACACUUUUCACUGUUUUUUCCAUAUGUGGACUGAAAACAUUUUAACUUAAAAUGAGAUUUAAUUCUCUGUCACGUUUGUUUCCAUGUGUAUUUAUGAGUUUUCAGAUGUAAAUGUGGAUUAAUGUUGCACACAAGUACUAGACUUUGGACUUACUUGUAUAUGCAAAGUAGUCUAAUCCAAUACUGGAAGAAAAAUUACUACUGAACCCAUCAAAUAUGUUGCUGCUAUUUCAAGGUGUGAAGCUUACAGGGGCACAGGUGUUGCUAGUGUUCAGAUGGUGAUAAAAUGUUGACUUGCUGCCCUCCAGCAAAAAUGCYCUUAUCCAGUGAAACACGACUCCUUUUUGCAAGAGUUCUGCAGAUUUACUGUGUUUCUUGCUUAUACAGAAAUGCAGUUAAAUUCAACAGAAGAUUUACGUGGAAAGAGAGAAUGAAUUUGUACAUUGAUGAAUAAUUCACCCUAAGGUACACUGGUCUCUAUUUCAUUUCAGAUGGGAGAAUUGGACUUUUUGAACAAUAUAACCACAUUUGUAUAAUGUUAAAUUAUUUUGUGUGUGCUUUUUGAUUAACCUGAGAUAGUUAUUAAUUUUUAAUAGUGUUUAAAAAAUAUUCUARGGGACUGUUUAAAACUCUGUUAUUUAAAAACUUAGUCCUAAGUAAGGAAACAUUUUUAUGGGGCUUAUUAGCCAGAUGUUUAUAUGUAUAAAAGAGAAAAUUAGAUAAUUUUUUUUAGAGAUAUAUAUGCACACACAUAUUCAGAUAUAUUUUAGAAUUAUGGUUUCUUUUAUAGAUAUUAUCAUUUAUAGCUGGAGUUUCAUUAUAGAAACUAUCACAGCUGUACAAUAUGCAUCUCUCAUGUUACUGGAAGAUUAUGAUUUUUUUCCCCAGGAGAUAACUAGAAAGUGAAUGUAGGAUGAGCUUAAUCRUUUGUCUUUUGUAGGCUUGGUCUUUUUUCCAAGAUUACAUUAUUAGUUCUAGCUAAAAAAAUAUAUUUGGUUACUAUUUAUAGAUCAAAAUACUUUUAAUUAGGAUGUACAGGGUAAUUGGCAACAUGGAAACUUUCUUGGCUUUGUUAGRUUGAAAGGUGAAUAGGUUUGUGCUCAUCCUUAUGUACUGCAUUCCAAAUUUCACUUCAACUAAUGUUUUUGUAGUACUUCAGAUCAUUGUCAUCUUGCUUGAUUGGGCAUAGGUUAGAAGGCAAAAGACCAUGCCUCUGAUUCACUCUUACCUUGUUAAAUUGCAUCAGGUAGCUCAAUCUGUUAAUGAAUGCAAAUGUAAAAUGAUAAUAGACAGGCACAUGUUACUUGGGAAGCUUCUUUGAAAAAUCCGUGUGGAAAAGUGUUGCACACGUACAGGCUGCUUGCUGCUGGUAGGAUAUUGAACAGUGAGUAAAUCUAACAGCUCUUUCCUAUGCAAAGAAUGUCUCCUGGAAGGGUAACAAAAGUACAAAAGUCUCCUGUUUGUUAAGUGUGUGCCUGUCCRUUAAACAUAUGUUUUUUUGGUUUUUUUUUUAAGUUUUAUGUGCCCAGGUCUCAGAGUCAUCCCUUGCAGUUGGCAUGACUUGCAUAUAAUAGCUUGUCAAGAAGUGAAAAAAGGCAAGAAAAUAAAUUGUAAGAAAAUAUUUAGAGCAUCUUUGUGACAUCUGUGUCUUUCAUGGAAGUACCCAUGGUUUCUAUGUGUUCAGGGUUAUUCCUAUUUUCCAAUUGCUAUUUAUGUUUCUUCAUGUUGAAUAUGUACYGACCAAAGCACUGUAAAUGUAUUCCUCAUGAAACUGCAGUCUCAAGAUACAUGGUAUAGGCUUGACUUAGGUUAGUACGUGCACAUUUAAGUGAUGAUGGKCAUGUGACAACAAAUGCUGCUCUUGUGCUGGUAAACUUGGAUGGGUUUGGUCAAACCAUUGGGGAGCUCUUGGAUUUUAAUAAUUUGUUUGAAAUUGCUGGCCAUGGAGAGACUGCUCAAAGCUAURAAAAUAGUAAUCUCUACAAGUUGGUUUUUUUUUUUUAAAUACCUUAGUAGAAAUAUUAAGUAUCUUGUAUAUUGUGUCCAUCUUUAUUUCAGUCUUGCUGGGUUUUGCACAUGUACCUGUAGGGUCCAUAGGGGAGAAUUGAAGGGGUUUUGUCUUCUCUCUUUAGUGUGUGUGAUGACUUUGCACUGAAUGAAGUAUGCCUUAGAUCUGACCUUGCAAUGAAAGCAUCRUUAUGAAAACAUCUUUAAUACCAGCUUUUGUUUCCACAAAAAAUAAGAAAUCACAAAGACAUAGAUUUAAUUGAUCAUUUUGGGGUUUUUUGGUGGAAGUUAAAACUUGUAACCACAAGGUUUUUAAUUGUCAAGCAAUUGGCAAAUGGCAAAAAAUGCUGUGAAGACAAGAUUCUGUAUAACCUUCAUAAACAGUUUAACCUUGAUUUCUCCUAUGCUGGCAUGAUCAUGAAAAUAAGUAUUCAAAAUGUCUGGUGUGGUGGUAGAUGAAGAGGGAGCAAUAAACCUUUGAGGUUUUCAUCACUGUGAAAUACACUAACAUUUAUGUCUACGGAAUUAAACAAAUUUUAACUUGGUGGCUUUAUAUUUGAUAUGGAAGUAACUAAACUGCCUAUUCAGCGUGUCUCCAGAAAUCUCACAGGGAAACACUUCUGAGACAGAGGUGAAAGGGACAGAGCUUGCUAUUUAUUAAAAUAAGAAAAACAGUGCCCUAAACCAUGAAUGCCUUUUGUAUAACCAGAUGUAUGAAAUACAAAUCAUUAAAAUACAACCAAA